GGAACCAAAAAAAAAAAAAAAAGACAGUAGAGAUAAUACACAGUCACAACUUUUUUGAGGGAAAAUGGCAGAGUCAAUAGGAGAAGGACGAGAGAUUUGCCAGCUGUCGAUCGCCAUGGCGAAAAGAAAAAGAAAUCAAUCAAGGGAGCCUAGUAAAGAGCGUAAAAAGUCAAGCAAGAAGUCCAAAAUUGAUCCAGCCGUUUCAGGCCCGUCUACGCAUCUACGAGAAAAGGAUUUCACAGGCGAUGACUCAGACAACAACGACGACUAUAUUGCCUUCAAUGUUUCCGACGACGACGAGAUUACAAAGAGCGAGCCCGAAUCGGUACAGGACAAGUCGUCUCGAAGAAACACCGACGAUGAAAGCAAAAAGACCAGCAAGAGGCGACCAGAUGAGACGUGGAAGCGCUACAUCGAUGAUGGACUAGAACGGCCGUGGGCCAAAGACUUUCGGUACCGAAAGGCAAGAAACAUAGGAGAGCGACUCAAUAUGGAAAUGACAGAUCUGGUGGAGUACUUAUCGCCCACUGAAGAAGAGCACACCAUGCGGCGGUUUGCAGUGCAUCGUAUACGACAGUGCGCACAAAUGGUGUACCCUUCUUGCACUAUUGAGGUGUUUGGCAGUUUCGAAACCAAAUUAUACCUUCCCACAAGUGACAUUGACCUUGUCCUGUUUUACGACGGGAAGGAUGCCAGAGAUACCACAAGAGUAUUGUCUCGAUUAGCGGAUGCGUUAAGGAAGCAAGGCAUCGCCUAUACCGUUCAAGUGAUUGCGAAAGCGAGGGUGCCUAUCAUUAAGUUUGAAGAAACAUUUACUGGAUACCAGAUCGACGUUAGUUUGAAUACCGCAAAUGGAGUUCACAGCGCCGAAGUCGUAAAGGAAAUGCUAGUGCAAGCGCCGGCGCUUGGACCGCUUACACUCAUUUUCAAACAUCUACUAGGAUUGCUGAAACUCAACGAGGUGUUCACCGGUGGUUUGGGCAGCUAUGCAGUUGUACUAAUGGUCAUGAGUUGUCUGCAGACGCACCCAAAGGUCGACAUGUCAGAUGCCAUGGAUAAUCUUGGAGUCAUCUUUGUGGAUCUUUUAGAGCUAUAUGGCCAGCACUUCAAUAUUUAUAAUGUUGGUAUAGAUGUAGCGAAGAAGGGAUUUUAUGAAAAGAUGGAAACAAGAAAUACAUUUGCUGUGCGAGACCCGACCGAUGCAAGUAAUGAUGUUUCACGUGGUUCGUUCAACUGCCAACAGAUUCGAAUUGCCUUGAAGGACGCUUUCAACACUUUGACGCGGGCUAUCACUUCUCUCAACCGACAAGUAUGGGAUUUCCAUAAAAAGGACGACGGCAUCUCGCUUUUAGGAUGCAUCAUCCAUGUUGACCGGCAGGCCAUCACGCACCGUAGCCAGGUCCUUGAUGCGUAUACCAGUCAGCAGUGGAAGGACAUGCCAGGAGCAGAGACAUUUGAUGCCAGUGAUAACGAAUCGUCCAUAUCGACCACCAAAGAGCAAGUGAUUGUUCAUAAGCAGCACGAUGUCUUUGACAAGAAGGGAAAGCGACGCAGCAAGAAGGAUAUUGUGUAUGUGUUGGAAGAUGAGGACCCGGAAUUCAAAGGGAAAGGCAACGCGUGGUCGUCUGAAGAGGAUGAUCAUGGCCUGAGUCUCCCGCAAUUAGCAUGAGCCUAUACACGUUUGUGGAUAAAGACACAAGGGAAAAAAAAACAAUCGUCAAGACUUUUUGGUUGAUAUGGAACGUCAUCGCCAAACCACAUUAUAUACAUAUAGAGCAGGGAGCUAGAUAACCCUUUUGUCAGAGACUGUAAUGAUACUUUGCGUUUUAUGUUGAUCAGCAUCGUAAUAGCAAAAAAA